AUGAGCGAGUUUAUCAACGAAAACCCUGAUGUUUUGGACGAAAACCUUCUUCCCUCGCGCAUGAAAGACAAAACCGAUCUUGUAUGGGAUAAUGACUUGACUACCGGAAACCGUGGACGCAGAAAACAACUCAUCAGCAUCCACAGAAGUGCAGACAGCCAAGUGUACCGCAGCGUAGAGCUGGUAGACAGACUACUCGCACAUGAGAUGCUUCUCGGCAACGAGAAAGAUGUGGCCGUGGUGACAGAGGCGAGAAUUGACGAAUACGAAGUUGAAGAAGAUGAAGACCCGAUCGACGCUCAAGAAAUAUACGACCUUAUUGCAUACAUCUCAGACCCUGAGCAUCCACUUACGCUGGGCCAGCUGGCCGUGGUUAACCUUCCUGACAUCGAAGUGCACGAAAACACUGACAAGUCCAAGAUUUCGGAGGUUGUUGUGAAAAUUACGCCCACCAUCACUCACUGCUCUCUGGCCACCCUGAUAGGGCUUGGGAUUCGCGUAAGACUAGAAAGAGCACUUCCCGCCCGUUACAGAAUCACAAUUCUGCUCAAGCAAGGCUCGCACCAAAGCGAAAAUCAGGUCAAUAAACAACUCAACGACAAAGAGCGGAUAGCAGCGGCCUGCGAAAAUGAUCAACUCUUGGGCGUAGUGUCCAAAAUGCUAAGCAGUUGCAAAUAA